AUGGCGCCCCCUAAAGGCUCCGAAAUCGCCCGGGGCGAUCAAGGCAUUGGUUUCGAGAACCUCUUUGCGAGCAUGAAACUGGACGAAGCUUUGGAUGAAUACCAUCGGAGACCAGGCUUCGGUACCUCUGGUCGAAGAAUUGAAGUCUUCGCCAACAUGUUCUCUGCUAGAUUCAAGAAUCAAGGCAAAGAGGCGAACGCUGUCUACCAUUACGAUGUCGAAAUCAACCCCGUAGUCAAGGUCGCCAAUCAGAAGAAGCCCCGAAUCCUGCUCUGGGCUAUCUGGAACCAGCUCUUGGCUGAGUGCUCGCCCGAUGUUCAAAAGGCCCUUCGUGCUGGAGCUUACGACAUGGUCAAAAACAUGUACUCACCUUUCGAGCUACCUUCAGACCCUUGGGAGACCACAAUCACUCUCAAAGAGGAUGGCGGAAAUGAAGAUGAUGCACGCCGCCGUUUCAAAAUCGUCAUUACUCGAGCCAAUGUCAUUGACCUCAACACGGUUGAAGACUUUUGCAAGGGUAACAGGCAGACCGAGCAGACCAAGGAAAUCAUGCUGGUCGCCAUCCAAGCGAUGAACGUGCUCUUCCGACAGGACCCCACCAACCGCUUCAAGGCAGUUGGGGCCCAAGGUCGCCGUUUCUUCACAACUCGAGAACCGUCUCAGAUCUCGCAAGGCGGUGUUGUGUACAACGGUUUUCUUCAAUCCUUCCGUUGGACUGCAUCAGGCCUUCCAGCUAUCCAACUUGACACGGCGUACUCGGCAUUCGUUGAGGCGGGUAAUCUUGUUGACGUCAUGAACAAGAUGGUCGGUCGAGGCGGUGGUGGCGGCCGUGGCGGCCGUGGGGGUCGAGGGGGUGGUCGCGGGGGGGUUGGUGGUGGUCGAGGAGGCGGUCCUGGCCCAGCGAUCCAGGAGGUUUCCAGGAGCCAGCUCAAGAGGCUCAACGAGGUUUUGCGAAUGGCCAAGUUCAAGGUCAAUCAUCGUCAAUCGAGCCGGAUCUACACCAUGCGAGGCCUCACUACUCAGAAUGCAUCCGAGCUCAAAGUUUUUGCUAGAUGGCAGGGAUGGCGGAAGAGACGAGAUGGUCACGAUUGUUGCAUAGAUGAAGAAUUCCCAAGGCUUCCUUGCGUUUCGUUUGGCAAAAAGAAUUACCUCCCCAUGGAAUGCGCAAACCUGGUCGAAUUCAAUUCCAUCCCCUUCAGCGCCCUGGCUGCUGAACAAACGGCUGACAUGAUCAAGAUUGCCGCCAAGCGACCACCCGAGAGGCUGGCUAUGAUCAACAAUUGGCGACGCGAACUGAACUACCAGAAUCUCCCUAAGGUCAAAGCGUGGGGACUGGAAGUCCGUACCGAAAUGAUGAGGGUCAACGCCAGAGUUCUGGCCCCUCCUGCUGUCACCUACGGCGCCAACAAGACUGCGCGAACACAGUUCGGAUCGUGGAAUCUGAAAGGUAUGAAGUUCGCUCGUCCCGGAACGCCUCUCAAGGCGUGGGGUAUCUUGUCCUUCGACAACAAUGUGAACCUCGGUGUCAUGCAGCAAUUCUGCAACCAAUUGGUCAAUGUCCUCAAAGCCAGCGGCUGUCCAGUCGACGAUCCCAGGCCCAUUCUGAAGCACUACGACCCUGACGUCGGCAUCAAGCCCGUGAUGAGCGAGUUGGCCAAGGAGAUCUACAAGAAGAAUAAUCAGACGGAUCCCCAAUUGCUCAUCGUCAUUCUUCCCCGAAAAGAUGGCAUCAUGUACUCGACUGUCAAGUCUGUCGCCGCCGAAGGUCUUGUCAGGCCUCUAGUAACUCAAUGCCUCCAAGGGACCAAGAUCACGAGCGACCGAGGGCUGGACCAGUAUCUGGGCAAUGUCUCGAUGAAAAUCCACGCGAAGCUUGGCGGUGUCACGCAUGAAGUUCCUAACAGCGGACUGGACAAGACUACCAUGCUGAUUGGCGCCGACGUCUCUCAUCCGCCUGCAGGACGGGGACCGAUUCAGCCGUCAAUUGCCGUUACCGUCGCAGCGGUCAACGGAGACAACGUCAAAUUUGCAUCUUCGCUGCGAUUGCAGGAAGGCAGAGUGGAGAUCAUUCAAGACCUUGCCAAUAUGGUGCAUCGACACUUGACCACAUUCCAGCAGAAUACCAAGCAAUUGCCAGCUAAGAUUAUAUUGUUCCGAGACGGUGUCUCGGAAGGCCAAUAUGGGCACUGUGUUCGUUACGAGUUGUCCAAGAUUAAAGAGGCAGCUUCUCGAUUCCAGGGAUACAAGCCAAAGAUCACAUUCAUCGUGUGCGCCAAGCGCCACUCCAUGCGAUUCUUUGCAACGGAUCCCAAGGAGCAGGACCGAAGUGGCAAUCUCCCUGCGGGUACAGUGGUCGACUCCGGCUGCACCCACCCUUUCGCCUUCGAUUUCUACCCUCAAGCCCACGCAGGCCUCCAAGGUACGGCAAAGCCUACUCACUAUAUCUGUGUAGCCGACGAGAACGGUUUCUCUGCCGACAAGCUCCAAAAUCUGUGCAACUCGUUGUGUUACACUUAUGCUCGAGCCACACGAGCUGUCUCCCUUGUUCCCGUUGCCUAUUACGCGGACAUCAUCGCGGGCAAGGCACGAGACAUUGUGUACAAGGAUGAUACAUCCGACUCGGCAACGAUUGUGUCGUCUGAUUCGGGCGCGAAUAACAGGUCGGACUUCGACGAGUUGCGACUCAAGAAGCGUCUGGAGGACAACCAAGCCUUCAAUUCGGUUGCCUGGUACAUAUGA